AUGGUGCAUCGACCCCUCUUCAUCGCAUUCCUCGCAUUGGUUAUCGUCGUCGCCACGACUUCGGCUAUUUCGCUUCAGCAAGCUGAUGGCCGUAUGAAGAUGUGCCCACCUGGUGGCUCCACCUUCACAAUGGCCUGGUCCAUGUCGUGCUCGAUGCGCCGAAGAAAACGAGAUAUCGGAUCGAUGUUCGAGAAGCGAGCUCUGAUCGCCCCAUCGAUCCGUCAACUCCAAACGAUUUGUUGCCAAGUUGGAUGCAACGUUGAGGAUCUUCUCGCCUACUGUGCCCCCAUCUAA